AUGCAUAUCUUCGGUCUGGUCACCGUCGCUGUUGCGGGCCUGUCCACGGCCCAGCAAUGGGAUCCCGUGCCCACGGUUAACAGCACUGUCGUGCAGAAGCACAUGCUCGCCCGAUCGAAUAUGAUCACGAUGGAGAAAAGACUGCGACAGGACCAUGCGUUCCGGCAGAACAUGUCCACGGUGGCGCGCCAAGCCGAUGCCAUUGUGCGUGCCAUUCGACAGGAGGAGGUCGAUGACUACUGGCGUCACUAUGCGGAGCCCGGCCAUGAGGAAGACGAGCGGUUUGCCGGCAUGAUGUUCCCGCUGGCGAAGCCGUGGGUCGCCGGGACCCGGCUGUGGCAGAUCGUCAAGCGCAUGCCCAAGGGGGCCUUGCUGCAUGCGCAUUUGACCGCCAUGCUGCCGUACGACGAGCUGCUGGAGACUAUCCUGCACACUGAGGGCAUGGUGGUGCGCGCCUCGCACCGGCUAGACACCGAGGAAGGCCGCGAGAACGCCACCAUUGCCUUUUCCCAUGUCAACACCACACUGUCGCCGGGCCCGCCCAUCACCUCGUCGGACUACCGGCCCAACUCCGACGUGUUGGUGACCGACGCAGUGGCCGACUUCCCGGGGGGUCGCGACGGUUUCGUCGAAUUCGCCCGGUCGAAGAUGGAGGUGCAGCCCGGGGACUCCGUCCGGCACGGGCUCGGGGUGGAUGAGAUCUGGCGCAAGUUCCAGGCCAUGUUUGAUCCGGCGGAGACGAUGAUCACGUACGAGCCGGUCGUGCGCACCUUCUACCAGCGGCUGUUUACGCGCCUGGUGGACGACGGCCUGAGCUGGGUGGAGAUCCGCGCCGGGGGGUCUAGCGGCAAGUUGGUGCACACGGGCGACGAGGACCCAGAUCCGAACCUGGACGCGUGGUGGACGGUGCUGGAGGAGGAGCUGCAGCGCUUCCGGGCCAGUGACAAAGGACGGCGAUUCUGGGGGGCGCGCGUGAUCUGGUCGGACUGGCGAGGCGGGCAGCGCGACCAGCUCCUCCGCAGCAUGAAGAUCGCGCUGCAGCGGAAGCAGCGGUUCCCGACUUUGUUCAGCGGUUACGACCUGGUGGCCCAGGAGGACUUGGGGCGCACGCUGGCAGACAUGGCGCCGGAGCUGCUGUGGUUCCAGGAGCAGGCGCAGCGGCUGAACCUCUCGGUGCCCUUCUUCUUCCACGCGGGUGAGACGCUGGGCGACGGCAACUCGACGGAUCUGAACCUGGUGGACGCCCUGGUGCUGGGCACGCGCCGCAUUGGCCACGGCUUCUCGCUGUACAAGCACCCGCGGCUGAUAGAGGAGGUGAUCCAGCGCGGCGUGAUGGUCGAGGUGUGCCCCAUCUCCAGUGAGGUGCUGCGUCUCACUACGGAUAUCCUGCAUCAUCCGCUGCCGGCCAUGGUGGCCCACGGGGUGCCCACGGCAAUCAGCAACGACGACCCGGCCAUGCUGGGUCAGGACUCGGCGGGCGUCAGCUACGACUUCUACCAGGUUAUCCAGGGAUUUGACAACAUGGGGUUGGCCGGGCUGGGGGCGCUGGCGGAGAACAGCCUGCGGUGGUCGCAGUUCGAGGACCAGUCGGACGACGCGUGGAUCGAGGAGAUUGAUCUGGGGGAGAACGGCGAUGGCAUCAAGGCUCAGCGACUGCGGCAGUGGAGGCAGCAGUGGGAGGAGUUUUGCGCGUGGGUAGUCAAGGAGUUCGGAUCGUAG